AUGGUCGAAAAGGUUGACGACCUACCUAGCGAGAACGGUUUGACUGACAUCCAAGAUCACCCAAAGCUCUGGCCACGCUCGCUCAAAGCAGUAAUCCUGUUCAACAUCUGUAUGAUGACCUUCAAUGGGCAAUUUUUUGCAGCCGGUCCCGCCACCAGCCUUGUAUACCUGGUCCAAGAAUUCCGCGUUGGUUACCCAGAUGUGGCACCUCUGAUAUCCUAUGUUGUACUUAUGAUAGGCAUCAGCAGCCUCAUUUGGGUUCCUACCACUAGCGUCUUCGGUAAGCGUGUCGUACUGAUCGUCUCAAACUUUGUCUUCCUCAUUGGAUGCAUUUGGGCUAUAUAUGCAAAAUCUCUGAACAGUCUUCUCGGUUCAAGAAUCCUCGGAGGCUUUGGCGCGGGAGCUGUGCAGGCCAUUGGACCUGCGGUGAUAGGAGAUGUCUACUUCGAGCGCGAUUACUCCAAGACGGUUUCUGUGUACACCAUGUGCCUUACGAUAGGUGCACAAAUGGGCCCGUUAUUUGCUGGUCAUAUUGCGCUGCACAUGGGCUGGCGGUGGAUUUUCAGAAUCAUCGCGAUUCUGGUUGGCUUCAAUCUCCUCACUGCAAUAUUACUACUACCGGAGACAUCAUUUACUCAAAGUGGCUCCACCGGGGUGACGGCUGGAGUCUUGGACGAGCAGCUUUCCGAGGCUGCUUCUAGUCAGAACCACCGCAAGGCUUUCUCCACAGCUCUCCGAGAAGGCAUACUCUAUUUGAGACAUCCUCAUAUACAAGGCGGAGGGAUCAAGCAGUGGGUAAACACAUUUUCGCGACACCUGCCAUUCAUCGUCGACCCCAUUGCGUUGUGCUGCGCUGGUCUUUGGGGCAUUGUUCAAAGCUGGGUCAUCGUCAUCUCUGUCUGUUCUUCACAGCUGUUCGCCCCUUCGCCAUUCCUAUUUACGCCAGCUCAACUCGGUAAUUGGACCGGCACAAGCAUGAUAGGAGUCAUCAUCGCUUUUCCUAUCGCUGGUCCAGUUGUGGACCUAUUGUCGCGUAAGCUCUCCGAGAGGCGAGGCGGGCAUCAACCAGAAUACCGCUUGUACAGUAUGAUUGUACCGUUCGUCGUUUGCUCCCCCGGACUAUUGCUCUUUGGCUAUACUUUUCUCAAAGGAUCAUACAUUGGCCCUGCAGUUGGCUUUGCCAUGCAAGCUGCGGGUCUCACAUUAGCACCUUCUGCCGCUAUCUCGUAUGCUAUCGACAGCUAUCCAUUCCACGCAGCUGAAGCUGUAGCAUCUGUCAAUUUGCUUACGCAUCUUAUGUCAUUUGCUCUUUCAAGGACAGCACCAGCGUGGCUCUUACGUGUAGGCGUAAAGCAACUUUUCAUUGAUAUGUCAGUCAUUCAGUGGGCAGUGUUUAUCGGGUUAACGCUUCCGCUUUUGCUGUUUGGAUCAUGGAUUCGUUCAUACACCACAAAGUUACACGCAAAGAUCACUUAG